CUUUUGUAAAGGUGACAUGUUACUCACACGCCCUAGGGAAGCUCAGGUGAAGUAAAGUUACACUCGGAGCAAAGGCAACGUCGUCGAAUAUUAUUACACUGUAUCGAAAAGAAUACAGCACAAAAAAAAUUGCAGACAUGUGGGAUGACUUGGAAAGUAUAGUGAAUGCUCCCUGUUCGUUCACAGCAGCGCCAGGGGAGAGAGGUUCCAUUAAAGCCAAGGCUAACUUCAACGUUAGUGAAGAUGUUGCAGCUCUCCGCAAAGCAAUUCAAGGCUUUGGUACAAACGAGAAGACUCUGAUAGACAUACUGACCCACAGAAGCAGCGCUCAAAAACAGGCCAUUUGUAGGGCAUACCAAGAAGAAACAAAGAAGAUUCUUGUUAAUGACCUGAAAGGCGAUACCCAUGGCGAUUUUGAAGAUGUACUUGUUGCGCUCGUAACCCCGCCUGCUGUCUACGAUGCUAAAGCAUUGAUCAAGGCAAUGAAAGGGGCUGGAACGGACGAAAGCAUUUUGAUAGAAAUCUUGUCAUCAAGGACAAACAAACAAAUUAAGGACCUGUCAGCAGCACACGCUGAUGAAACAAAGAAAACCCUGACACAGAUCCUAAAGUCAGAAGUUUCAGGGCAUUAUGGCAAAGCCAUCCUUAUGCUUGCUGAGGCUGCGAGGGAUGAGAGCACCAGUGUGAAUGCAGACCAGGCUAGAGAGGAUGCAAAGGCUCUCUAUAAAGCAGGCGAGAAGAGGUUGGGAACAGAUGAGUCCAAGUUCAUUGAGAUCCUCUGUAAAAGGAGCAUCCCUCAACUUAGACAAACAAUAGUGGAAUAUAAAAACAUCAGUGGCAAGACCCUGCAGCAGAGCAUUGAGAAGGAAAUGUCUGGAAACCUGGAGAAUCUGCUGGUUGCCAUUGUGAAGUGUGUGCAGAAUACUCCUGCAUACUUUGCUGAAAAACUCCAUAAAAGCAUGAAGGGAGUAGGCACAGAUGAAAAAAAUCUGACCAGAAUAAUGGUCAGUCGUGCAGAGAUUGACAUGUUGGACAUCAGAGCUGAAUACAAAAAGCUCUAUAAGUGUUCACUCCACAAGGACAUAAGUUCAGACGUGUCUGGCAACCUCGGUGACUGCUUGAAGAUGAUUUGUGGAGGAGAAGACUAGCACCGAAAUACUACUGACAAUGUCCUAUUUAGCAGUGUCACAUCAGGUCAUUCCAAUGUAGUCAUUUUUUCUUUAUCUUUUGUAGCUUAUAAAAGCAAGCCAGCAAAUGCUUUAAUCAUAUUCUUUUAUAAAAGGGUUUAAUGGAGUAAUCAAUUUUUUUCAGCUUCCUUGGUAAAUGUAUCUUUAAAAAAUAUAUAUCCAGUUUACUGCAUGUAAGAGUACUGACAAAAACAAAAGGCUUAUAUUAAGAGAAACAUUCAUUUUAAUUUAUGCUUGUUAAUAUCUACUACACAGCAUGAUUUUGACUAAACAUUCAUGGUAAUUUUGCAACUCUGAUUUGAAUGCUAAAACAAUUGUAUUAUGCAUAUUUGAAACCUUUUGUUUAUCUUUUUAGAUUAUAUACAUCAGCAUAGUUUUAAUAUUCUUUUAAUUCAGUAUGGAUAUCACAGUUUACCAGAUGUAAAUGUCACAAAUAAAAAGAGAUUAUUGAGUGUC